GGCUCGCAUUCCCUUGGCUGGGGCUGUAGGUCGCUGAGGCGAGAUGGCUUCGAACGGGGCAGCUCCUGGAGCAGGCGAGGUCCAAGGGACGCUGUCGGGCGCCGAGGUCAUUGCCCAGUCGCUGAAGAACCAGAAUGUGGAGUACAUGUUUGGCAUCGUGGGCAUCCCCGUGACCGAGAUCGCCGUGGCCGCGCAGGCUGUAGGCAUCAAGUACAUCGGCAUGAGGAACGAGCAGGCGGCUUCUUACGCUGCCUCCGCUGUUGGAUACCUGACAGGCAGGCCAGGCGUUUGCCUUGUGGUUUCUGGGCCAGGUCUCGUCCAUGCGCUGGCUGGGAUGGCAAAUGCAAACAUGAACUGUUGGCCUCUGCUUGUUGUUGGUGGUUCUUCUGACACUAAUCAAGAAAUGAUGGGAGCCUUUCAGGAGUUUCCUCAGGUCGAAGCUUGUAGGUUAUACAGCAAACUGUCUGCCAGGCCAAGCAGCAUAGAAGCUAUUCCUUUUGUGAUUGAAAAGGCUGUGAGAACCAGUAUUUAUGGUCGACCAGGUGCCUGCUAUGUUGACAUACCUGGAGACUUUGUGAACUUACAGGUGAAUGCCAGCUCUAUAAAGCAUGUGGAGUGCUGCGGGCCACCCCCGAUCCCCGUGGCGGAUCCUGCUGCCGUGGCCGCGGCAGCCUCCAUCAUCCAGAAGGCCAGGCAGCCCCUGCUCAUCAUUGGAAAAGGCGCUGCGUAUGCCCAGGCUGAAGAGAACAUCAGGACGUUGGUAGAGCAGUGCGGGCUGCCGUUUUUGCCCACCCCCAUGGGCAAAGGGGUUGUUCCUGACGAUCACCCCAACUGUGUGGCUGCAGCCAGAUCUAGGGCUUUGCAACAUGCUGAUGUAAUCAUAUUACUUGGUGCCAGGUUAAACUGGAUUUUGCAUUUUGGACUCCCUCCAAGAUACCGAGUUAAUGUGCAGAUAAUCCAGGUUGAUAUCUGUGCAGAAGAGCUGGGGAAUAAUGUUAAGCCUGCCGUGGCUCUGUUAGGUGAUAUAAAUGCUGUCACUGCCCAGCUUUUAGAGCAAUUCAACCAAAGGCCAUGGCAAUAUUCUUCUGAUACUGAAUGGUGGAAGGUACUGAGAGAACGAAUGAAGAGCAAUGAAGAUGCAUCUAAGGAAUUAGCAUCACAAAAAUCCUUGCCUAUGAAUUAUUACACAGUAUUCCACCACAUCCAAAGACAGCUCCCAAGAAACUGUAUUAUAGUAAGUGAAGGAGCAAAUACUAUGGACAUUGGACGGACUGUGCUUCAAAACUACCUUCCUCGUCAUAGACUGGAUGCUGGCACAUUUGGGACAAUGGGAGUUGGUUUGGGCUUUGCUAUUGCUGCUGCAGUGGUGGCUAAAGAUAGAAAUCCAGAAAAACGUGUGGUCUGUGUGGAAGGAGACAGUGCUUUUGGAUUCUCAGGCAUGGAGGUGGAAACUAUCUGCAGGCAUAAUUUGCCAAUCCUUCUCAUUGUGGUGAAUAAUAAUGGAAUUUAUCAAGGCUUUGAUGCAGAUACCUGGAAGGAGAUAACACAACUUGGAGACGUUUCCCAAGUAGGGCCUCCAGUUUCUCUCCUGCCAAAUUCCCAUUAUGAGCAGGUGAUGACUGCUUUCGGAGGCAAAGGCUAUUUUGUGCAGACGCCAGGAGAGCUGCAGGAUGCUCUGACCAGAAGCUUAGCCGAGAAAGCAACACCAUCUCUCAUCAACGUCAUGAUUGAGCCUCAGGCUGCUCGGAAGAAGCAGGACUUUCACUGGCUCACCCGCUCUCACAUGUGACUGCAACCCCAGGCCAGAGGAGCCCAGCAGCGCCACGGCCGCCGCUCCAGCUGUGCCCGGCGAAGGGAGAGCUGUCAGAGCCAAACCUAGAGAAGGUUCGUGACGUUUCUGCGGGGAUUAUUCGGUGGGGAAGCUAGAAGAUGCCGGAAUCUUGUCGGUCGUGGCAUGAUGAGCUUUUUGGUUUGUAUGCAAUGAACUAAGCGCCGUCCAUACCCAGGAAAAAGCUUUUGAAAACUCAGCCUCUACUUCCAAAGGCUUACCAGCCCGCGAGGAGAAAAACACGCCAACAGCCAGGUACAAACAAGGCAGAGACGAAUACAUUGGGGCAGCUACAAGCCUCAAGGCUGGGACAUCUGAAUGCAAAUCUGGUCUCAGGCUCUUGUCAACCAUGUGACUGAGCAAUCCCUUUCACCUGUCUGCCUCACUUUCCUCAACUGUAAAAUGAUCAUAAUAGGGGGCAACUGGGCUCAGUGGAUGGAGAGCCAGGCCUAGAGAUAGGAAGUCCUGGGUUCAAAUCUGGCCUCAGACACUUCCCGGCUGUGUGACCCGGGGCAAGUCCAAUACACAGUGUUGAUUCUAAAUUGGAAGGUGAGGGUUUAAAGAAAAUGAUACUGAUAGUACCUGCCUCCCAGGGGGGCUGUGAGGGUCAAAUGAGAUAAUAACUGUAAAGUGCUUAGCACAGUGCCUGGCACACUUGCAAGCCCCAUAUCCAUGUAGUUGUUUUUAUUAUUAUGAUCUCGGGGAAAGCCUGUUGUAUAACAAUGAACUAUUGUAUAAAACUACAGAAUCUUCAAAUGCAUCAUUCCAGAUCUUUGCUCCUGUGUGUACAUGAAUCCGUGUUGCUGUGCAGAUCGUGAAUCUUAAAAAUUCUCAGACCCUACUUCAUAAGAUUUGGUUAAGACCAUUCCCCAUUUAAACAAUGAAGGUACUUGAUCAGGAAGGUGAGACCUCUACUCCACCCCUACUUAAGCAUGCCCUAGGGGAAGAUAAAGUUGUAAACUCCUUGCUGAACAAUGAAAAGUACUUAAACCCAUACUUAUAGUAAGACAAAAGCUCUUAAGCUAAGUCUAUCUUUAGAUCUAAUACAAAGGGGUGCUAAGUACCUAUAAAGGUCAGGCAACUUGUGAACUUACAAGGAGCAAAGAGGUGAGAACUUACUCAGAGAUUCUAGUCUACUCAAGUGUGAAUUACUCAAAAGUUAGUCUAUUCAGGUAUGAAUUAAGAAUGGUCUGUCCUUUGGAAAACGCCUACUGUGAUUGGUAGAUGUGAGAACUUAGGGGAGGUGACAUGGGAGAAAAUUCCCUUUAAAAGGAGGUCAAAAAGAGGUCUCGGGAUUCAUCGGGGAAAAGCUGAAUUGGAAGAGGCAGCUGGCCACUUGAAGGACUCUCUCGGGUCUCUCUGAACACUAGAAUCUAGCUUGGGACAAAUCUUGUGGUGAGUGGAUUGAAGACUGACUGAUUUCUCUCUCUCUCUUAAGCCUGGCCUAAGCUGGCCUACCCUUUUUUCUCAUUAUUCCCUUUUUCUCUCUCUCUUUCUUUAAUUCCUCAUUUGUAUUAAUUAAAAUCUCUAUAAAACCCA